AUUGCAAAGCUCAGACAGCAACUUCAACGCACUAAACUAAGCAAAAAGCAUGGCAAGGAGAAAGAGCGGCAGUCACCUCUGCAUGGAGAUCAUGCUGCUAUGGGUGUGGUACAGCAGGGACCUUCCAAGUUUGUACCCAUUCUGCCAGCAAAUCUUGCCAUCACAAAGUUAAUUCCACGACUUAGGAACAGUUUGGAGGCAAUAAAUCAAGAAAUUGAAGGAAUGUUUAUUAAAGAACCCGGGGAUAAAGAGUUACUGAAGAUAAUGGAAGCACCUGAUGGGCACAGGGCACCCUUCCCUUCACAACGACAUAGCAGCAGUUCUCAAAGUGAACCUUCACCUAUUCCUCUUGAGCAGACCAGUGGCUAUAGUAGUCCUUCUCCGUAUCCCUCCCCGUCCACGUCUCCUUUGUAUCCAAAUGGAAACCAGGAAGAGGGGCCAUGUAUUAUAGAAGAUGUAUCAUUUUUUGUUCGGGACAAAGAUAGUGGCACAAGCUCCCCUCUUCUGAAGUAUGCUUCUUCUCCCAAACCUAACCACAGUUACAUGUUCAAGCGGGAGCCUCCAGAAGGCUGUGAACGAGUGACUGCAUUUGAAGAAACACCGACAAUUUCCUUUGGGCAGGCUUUGCUGUACUCGUGUCCAGAUAAAAACAAGGUUAAUUUCAACCCGACUGGCUCUGCCUUCUGUCCAGUUCAUAUUCUCAAACCUCUUUUACCAACUGUUGACUUAAUAUUAAGGCACUUGCCAACAUCUGCUUCAUCAACCCCUUCAAGCACAGGGGGAUCACCAAGCACUUUGACCUCUUGCCAGUCUACAACUCAGGUCUCAUUCCAGCAACCAUUGGAGGAUUCAGGGACCACAGACUUUACUGAGCUUUCUAAGGAACAACCGAUACAGUUUGAUCCUUGGAAACUUGCUCAGGCUGAAGAAGGUGCCUUUUUCCAGAGCUCAUUAGUAAUUUAGACUGGCAAUUCUGCAAAAGUUAAAUAGCUGACUGGAACUUUAUCCCUAACAAGUUUAUGGUGGUAGAUACUAGUGACAUUUGGUUGUCUUGGCCAUAAAUGUAUUUGUAUCUUGACUGUGGGUUUAACUGUUUUGAUGUAAACAGAUACUAAACCAACAAGUGAGGCAUGUGUCUUCAAAGGAGAAUUGGCUGAUCAUUAGGAUUUGUCUAUAUAUAUUUGUGCUGAAGGCAAAUGGUUUAUCAACAAACAAGCUUAUUUGAAUAGAAAUUCUAGGCAUUCUAUGCUAAAAAUUAUGAUAAAAAUUCAAAGAUGUCUGCUAGUCUUAACUUUUUAACCGUAGCAGUACACUUUCUUUCCUGGCUUGAGCCCAAAUAUUGCAACUUCAAUAAGCACAAGUAAAUAAGGAGAAUCGUGAAGACAGGCAUAGGACUGUAUUAAAUGGUAGCCACUGGUUUAAUUUUUGCUGGGGUAUUUUUCAGUCAGCAUCUAACCUCAUAGUACCUUGUGUGUAAGACUGCUACAGUAUUUAGAGAAUAAAUUUUGUUUGUAUACUAAAUGCACAUUGGAAGCUUUUUCUUGAUUAACUUCCUUGCUCUUUACUUUAUGAAAAGCAUUAGGUUUAGCAUUUUUAAGCAGUGUGUUACAACAAAAGGUGACUUGUGCAACUGCUUUUGAUUUCAAGGUGGUAGAAUGUGGAAUAUUAGAAAUCCCAGGUUACUGAUUAGAAUUGGUACAAAUAUAAACCAUUGGGUGCUGCUCAACAAUUGAGCCCAGUGAAAUUCUGGACUUUAGUAACUAUCCUAUAGCAGCAAGCACAUUUCCUGCCAAUCUGGCACCUGUAAGCUCAGUGAAGAAACUGAUCUGUAAAUGGUGUUUGAUCUGCUUCAAAGCCUUAGUACAUCUAUCUUUCUGUGGGUAAAAGGUGUAUAAUUGACACAACUCAAGCCUAUUAAUGAAGAUGCCACUAGGGAAAUUAAAUUCCUGUUUGUCCAACAUUGGGCAAAAUUACCCUGACUCAUUUCUCACUUUUAAUCGAGACUGGAUGGAAUGAAUUGCUCUGGAAACUUUCUGAUAAUGCCACACAAAGAAGCAGGAGGGUAUUUUAAAAUCAAUAUGUAAUUUUAAAGAUCUAUCAGGUUAACAACUCGAGUAUUAGGCAUUGAUUAAAUUUAAUUUGUUCAGGUUAAAUGAAAUAUUUGUGAAAGGUGACUGGGCUAAUCUAAAAUCAAGUUAGGAGGCAAUCUGAAUAUACCAGAAUGGGGGUUGCAGUUGUACUGAUGUAACCUGUGCAAUUAACUGACAUCUACUUCAGUUCCUUGACACAGCUUGCAAGUGCUGUGCUCUGUGUUGCAUUCUGCUAUUGUGUUUUAUACAACAGAAUACGUUUCCUGGCCAAUUAAGUUCAAUUUUUCUUUAGUUUGCUGCAACCAGCAUCGGUAACAUUGUGAACUUUGUGGGGAGAAUUUUUUGGUUGUGUUUAAAUCUGUUGGCCAUUCAGAUUAUUUUAGCCUGCCUUGUUCUGUAAUUUUUCUGCCCAAUUACUACCUUUUAGGAAUACAAAUUAAAUUUAAGAUUUAAAGAUUGGGCUGCAUUUACUGAGUGUAAUAAUUGUAAGCUAUUAUUUAGGAUAAGGAUUUAAAUAGAAUGGCUUAAUUCAACGUAGUUGAUUCCACUACCCAAAAGUAGUUUGGCCUUUCCUCUGAAGGAGCAAAGAGGGAAUAAGUGAAGAACACAAGGUUUACUUGCACGUCUGUUCAGCUUUUCUUUUCUCAUUGUCACUAUUUUGAAUGCUUUUUUUCUACUGAAAUGUAUUUUUAAAUUUACUUAAUAUAAGUCUGGGCUGACAUGCAGAAAAGUAUUUUUUGCUUGAUAUUUAUUUAAACAAUUGUACCCAUUUGAAGGGCUAGCUUUGUUUAAGGUCUAACUUGGGUAUUAAAACAAAGGGUCUAUCUGAAGCCUCUAGCUUAAAAGCAAAGUGUAUAGAUAUAUAUGUAUUUAAGGACUGCUUAGUUCCUCUGCAUUCCAGUUUAAUUUGCAGGUAUAUUCUGAUACAGAGCCUGUCAAAGUAAAAGCACCAGCAUUUAAACUCUUAAUCUUCAAAUGAGACAAGAAGAUUGUGUGGUUAAUUAUGGUUUCAGAAACAUGUUUAGAGUGGAGUGCCCAAAAGAAUUGUGUCAUAGCGUGCUCCUUGUGCAUUGGAGUUUCAAUGCAAUCUGUAAUUAAGCUUCUUUUCCAUUGACUAGAUAGUGAAACUGUAGACAGCAAGUGUCCUAACAUUGGUCCGUACAUCAGAUCUUUGAAACUGCUUUGAAAGAGGCUCGAUUCUAAAUUGAAUAGUGCAAUGCAAUGCAAAUAUCAAAUUGUAAUUCAGAGGUUCAUUGAAACAUCAUGCUGUUUGAAGUUGGUAUUUAUUCCUGGCCUACACUUAGCUUCCCACCUGCUCCUUUCUCCAAAAGCCUUAAUGUACAUAAUAGGGAAAUAAAAUAGCUGAUUCCCAGUAGUGGCAUAGGUUGCAUUUCGGGUGAAAAAGCAUAAAAUAUAAUUGUGGCAGUUGUUUUCUUGCAGUAGACGGUGUCUGGACUGCCAUUUUAAUUUAGUUUUAAUUUAGUUGAAUCUUGGCCUCCUUGCCUUUUGGUUCAGGAACUUUAUACAGUAUUCAAAGAAAUAUAUAGUGCAACUCUCAAAAUACAGUUCUGCUCUUGGUUAUGUCUCAUUUUAUUUACUGUUUAAUUUUCUGAAUACUGCAAAUAAAGGGAAAAAAUGAAGGUUUAACAGAUUUAAAAGUUUCCCCUAAAUUGUUUGGGGGAUAAAACUUGUCUUCUAAAGCUGAGAAAAGUCUUGAUUUAUUGUAUUAACUCAUGUUCUGCCUGUUGACAAUAAACUUUGCAAAUGCAUAUUUCUAAUUGGUUAACUUAUUUUUACAGGGUGCUAUAUCAUAAACUCUUGCUUCACAUUUUUGCAGUAGUUGCAUGAAGCCAAAAGUGACGUGAUGGUAUCUCUUUGAAAUUAAUUUUAGCUACUCUUUUGUGAAAUGUCAUUUGCCAACCUGACUCCCAUACUUUUUUGUGGUUUAAUGUUUUAAACCACAUUGAUAGAUGCAUAUUUGUAAUAAAGUGAGACAUUGUAUCUGGUUGAGUUUUUGGAUAGGUGUAUUAUCUGCUGUUGGAGAAGCUAUUCUGAUUUGAAGCAGUGCCCCUUUUUGGCAAAAAAAAUGUUAGUCACAUUUUUAAGUGAACUAGCACCUUCUGGUGGUAGAAGCCAAGUACUGUAACAGUAUUAAAUGGACCUUCGUCUUUCGAAGUUGCUAGGUCUUGAAUAACUGCACCUGUGGUGGAACAAGUUUAAAUUGUAUUCUCCCUGUUGCUUUAAUCUAUUCAAUUCACUUGCAUUUUUUGCUGCAGCCAUUUUUAAAUCUAGGUCAGAUGUCACUUUUCUUCCGGUGCUGCUUUUAUUUGGAUGGGGGGACCCUUGCAGUAACCUUUUUGGCUUAAACAAUAGUUCCUUAACUUAUACUUUCCAAAAAGAAAUCCCAGUGGCUAUUAAACUUGAGAAUCAGCAAAUAAAAAUUUAAAAGCAAAAAAUUAUCUGUAUGACCAUUGUAAAUAAACGAAUGAGUGAAGCCAGCUCGUGUGGCUGACUUUAUAAAGCUAAGGCAAUGUAGGUGUAGCAUUCCUCCUCCAUCUUUAAAACACUGUACCAUGACACAUUUCCUUUUGUUAGACACAAAUGUGUAUUCACAUAGAGAAAAUUAGCCUAUCUGAAGAAUGAUAACUAUUGCAUUUUGUAUUCUGUACUUGUUGAUUGAAAUGAACUGUUAUGACUGCAAAUACCAUGUGAAUGUUGAGUAAAUUGCUGACCAAGUUGGUUAAUGUAAUACCAAUUUUGUAUUUAAAGAUUUGAAUUGGCCUGGAAUUGUCUUUGUAGAAUUAUUUUGUCUUAUAGACACUAUUUGGGGGUUUGGUUGACCUUGUAUAUACGUUUCAGAACAUUAAGCUUGGACAAAUGUAUUGACCACAUGAGCUGUGUUUUAGCAUGUGGAUUUGUGUGUGUUUUUAAGAAGUAGGUUCAGUUUCAAAAAGUACAAAAAUAAAAAAGUGCCAAUUUCCAUUGCA